AACAAGGUGAGACAUGACAAGCUAAAACCAAAGAAGUCUCAUCACAGAGCUAGUCUUAAAGAGAAGAGAAAAAAAAAAAAAAGAAUCAGAACAACUUUGGAAUCACCGAGGCAGAGAUGUAAAGCCAGCAGAGUGGGACACAGAGAGAAACAGGCCCACCCCCAUCUCGGGGAGGUUCGGGGAAGAACCCCACCCCUGCCAUCAGGUCACAAUGGCUGGAGCUCUAAGGGUCCCAGGGGCCCUGAGCCAGGAGGAGUGGAGGAAGUCCAAGGAAAGAUGCAAGCUGGCACUCACCCCUCCUUCAACCUGCCAACUUCACCCAGUCAUCAUGGCUGGCCCUCCACUCCGCCCAGCCUCCCCCUGGCACCUGUACUGCCACCCACGAGUCUGUUUGUGGCCGGGCUGGGCCCCUUCUCCCAGGCGUCUUACCAGAUUUCCCACUUAUCCUUGCUGGAGCUGCUCAUCCGUUGAUGCCUCUUCCACCUCCCCUUUGCUGGCCCCUGCCUGUAUGCCCUCACUCAGGUGAUGCCUGCUGGCAACACUGUCCUCGUCCACAAAAGUUUUUCCAUCAUCUGCUCUGUUCUCCUCGCCCUCUGUCUCGAGAGCCAGGGUCUCAGUCACCAGGACUGGUAUGGCCUAGUGGGCAGCACCGUGGGACUCAUCAUCAUUGUGGGACCUGGACGAGGGAUACCCGAGGGGACGAAGGGCCUCUGCAUGGCUCUGAGCUAUGUGCUCGCUUUUCUGGGCGGCCUGGCACUAUCGCUGGGGCUUCCCCUCCUGCCUACCAACAGUGCCUUCCUGUUCGGCUUGAUGGACCCGGUGGGCUGUGUACCAGGCUUUCUCCUUUCCCCUGCUGCCCAUUGAUCCUCUCCUCUGAGCUGGAGCUGUGUGAGGGCAGUGGUGAUCUUUGCUCUGGUCUUGUGUGUGAGCUAUUCGGUCACCAAGGUCCACCCUGCCCUGGUGUGCACUAUCCUGCACUCUGAGGUGGUGGUGGCCCCCGCGAUACUGCAGUAUUGGGUGCUCUAUGAGACUGUGGCACCCUCUGACAUCAUUGGGGCAGUGGUUGUAUCCGGCCCGGGGGCCGUAGUUUGCCCACAGCUUGCCCAGAACCUCAGCUGUGAGAGGGUAGGGCAGGUGGAGGAGUGAGACUGACUUGAGAGCUGGGGGUGGGGGGAAAGGCAAGGGCAAAUAGGGGCUGGAAUAAAAACCUGGGAGAACAAGCGACUGGAAGAGAACUGGUGUGGGACAGGGACAGACCUUGGGGUCCAGGGGAACCGGGACUUGGUGGAAAGGGACUGCCUGGAAGACCUGGCACAAGCCUGGGGACCAAGACAUGUGGAAUCCAGGCUGGGGCGAGAGGAUCGGAGAAGAGUAAUAAAUACUGUCCUGGGGCGAGAGGAUCGGAGAAGAGUAAUAAAUACUGUCCGAGGAGCAGAUCCAAGGAGCUGAGGCAGGCAGGCCAUGAGUCACGGGGAGAUGGCACCCCAGCACAGGGAGAAGGCCAGGGGCUGGGGCGUCCGGAGGCCAGCAGAGCAAUCAGCUGCGCUGGGGGAAGGGCGUCUGCCUGUUUUCCUUGCGUGAGAUUGCCUUCCCAGUGGCUGUGCCCCCUCCCUCCCUCCACCCCAACCCGUCCCCCCUCUCUGGCCAAUUUGGGGUGGUGACGUGACAUUGACAUCAAACAAGGAUCACCCUGAA